AAUGUAGUGGAAAAAAAUUAAUGACGAUGGUGGAACAACGAACGACUUGGUGACACUUUGGCUUUUGAGUAUGAUUUUGCUGUGACGCAUCUACAUUUGUAACCCAGUGGGAUUACUGACGUUAUUGGUGACUUUAUAAGUGUCAUACAAUAACAAUCCAGGAGAUUCUAGCUAGAAAGAUUUAUUAACGACGAAAAUGGAUCGCAAAAGAGUGUUGUGCCUUGUUUUGUAUUUGUUCCCUACAUUCAGCAAAUCAUUUCGAUUAGACUACCAAUACGGAGCUAUCCUUGAUGCCGGUAGUACAAGUACAAAAGUUCACCUGUAUAGAUGGAUUCCAAAAACAGUUGAGACUGACUUACCCAAAUUUGAAGAGGUUGUAUAUAAAAAAUUCAAACCAGCAUUAAGUGAUUUUGUUGGUGAUGUUAAAAUGAUAAGACCUUACCUGAGAGAAAUUUUCGCUUUACUGCAACAGUUGAUUCCUGAACCCCUUCAUGAGAGUACAUCGGUUUACCUCAUGGCAACUGCAGGUUUGCGAUUCCUUGAUGAAGACAGUACUGAUAAUAUUCUGAAGGAAGUUAUAUUGUUCAUGUCAAACGGAAGUAUGAAUCCAUUUAAGUACCUUGAUGGCUAUGCUAGAAUAUUGAGCGGGGAAGAAGAAGCUUUAUUCGCCUGGAUAUCCAUAAACUAUCUUUACAAUAUGUUUGACAUAUCUAAAACUCCUAAGGAUACUAUUGGUAUGGUAGAAGUUGGUGGUGGAUCAAUGCAAAUAGCUUUCAUUCCCGAAAGACCAAUUUACGCGGGAAAGCAAGCCGUGAUUAUUGGCGGACGAGAAUACGAUGUAUAUGCACACAGUUUCCUCUCCUAUGGCGCCAAAUCUAUUGGCAUGAGGAUUGAGGAGUAUCUAGUUAGACAGAACAUGCAAGCUGUCGUGCUGACAAAUCCAUGCAUGCUCAAAGGCGAUUCACACAACGUUACCUCGGACGGUAAGACUGUUACUAUUCACGGGGCUAGUAAUGCAACUGAAUGUGUUCGUAUCAUAGACACAUACUUACCGAAGAUCCCAGAAUUUCUUUGUUCUCCCAAACCAUGUACAAUUGGAUCUGUGUAUGGGCCACCAGUUCAUAGGGAAAACUUCUUAGCAUUGGGCUCAAUAUACCUGACAGCAGACGAGCUUGGACUUCUGUCUGAUAACGACUUGAUGAGACCAGUAGAAAUGUACUUAAUGGCAACAAAUUACUGUAGAUUGACUCUAGAUGAAGCUGCAGCCAAAUUUAACAUUCCUGCUAGAUGGGCUUCGUUUGAUUGUCAGAAUGGCCUUUACAUUCCAAAACUACUUAAGGCUUUGGGCUUUAACAUGGAAACCGAAAACAUAUUUGCGAAGAGGAAACUGAAUGGUGUUAAGAUCGGCUGGAGUAUCGGUGCAAUUCUUUACGAGGAGGAGAAGAGCUACUACACCUUCAAUGCUGAUGCCAAACUUUUAUUCAAUUAGAUUACAUUACAUUGUACCAUACACUACAAAUCAAUGCAAUUAUUGCAUUGUUUCUGUUUUGUAAAACUCAUGCUGUUAUGUACAGUUCUAAUAUUCAAAAUCAACGAACAAAUGCUUUAAAAACAUGUGAAUAUUGACAAGUGUUAGUAACAGAAUUACGAUAAAGUAUACAAAAGAACGUUACUAAUGGACAUUAAAUAAGAAUAUAAUUGAGUGAAAGGACCACGAAAUUUAUGACCCAAUGUAUAUAUUUUGUAAAUAAAGCAAUGUUUCUUUUUC